GACACGGGAUCGUGAGCCGAACGGAGCCUUCGAAGGAAGACUGUGCUGCGCCACAUCCCAGGCUCGUGGAGGUCGAGGGCAUGUUCAACCAGGCCCUGGACCAGAACAUUGCCUUCCAGAAUGACAUCGUGGAGAACUAUACCAUGAGCCCCGAGAUGCAGAGCUACUUCCCGGUUUUCCUGGAGACGCUUAAGAAGGACAUCGAGUACGUCCCCGCAGUCAAGCGUGAGCUGAAGCCUUACCGAUCCAAGGUGGUGAAGAUUGACAUCACCGAGGAGGAAGCUGCUGCACUGCGACAAGAGAUGGAUCGGGUCUCGGAGUUCCAGAAACUCCUCCGCUCGCGCCUGAACUUCAAAGGCUUCACCACCUUGGAUGCGGAGUUUACCUUGGCUGCUUUUUUCCAUCCCACAGCCGUCAAGAUCCUGAAGAAGAACAUGGAUGUCAUCAAGGCUUAUAACCCAGGUGUCAAGAUUGUGCAGGUGAAAAGCUUCCGGCAUAAGGCUGGCAUGCCCAUCGGCGACUCUGAUGGCGUGCACUGCACAUUCUCCUCCAUGCCGGCAGAUGCCAAGCUUUGCCUUUCCGACUCCUUCCCGAGCCAGGUGAACUUCCACGUGGCGCUGAAUCCUGUCACGCAGGGCUCCAAGCCCUUCCUCGUCUGGGAGACCUCCUCGGUCGCGCGGAUGACCCCGAACUAUGCCUACAAGUCAUUGCUGGAGGGCGGCUACAUCAACGAUGCCAACCGAGGCUUGAUGCAGAAGGCCCUUUUCCUGGGCACGUACCCGCACUUCUCCAACAGGACAGACCGGAAGCUAGCGAAUUUUGCGGCCAACUUCUUCAAUGUCCACGUUUGGUCCAUGCGCCACCGGCAUGCUGCUCCAAAGGAGCAGGUGAAGGGCAUCUAUGCCGCAAUCGAUGUGGGAGAGGCGCUGGCCUUCGAUGCUUUUCAGAAGCAUGCAGGCGUCGUCUUCAACAUCACGGAGGAUCGGUACUCCAUGGUGUUCCGCACAUCGGGAAGUGCCCUUGAAGGCGAUGACGUCGUCACAAAUCACCCGCACCUUUACAAGAAUGAGCAGGACAGCCUCUACAUGGAGAAGGCACUCGAUGCCCUGGAGGAGCUCUUCGGCUACAAGGUUCGGGAGGCGAUCUACGAAGAUGGAGGAGUCCGAAGCGCCGACUUUACCGCCAUCAGCGUGGAGCCCAAGGAGGGUGCGGUGUCGGUCGAUGGCAUGCUGCGCCACUUCGAAGCCACGAAGAACUUUUUCGCAGAGCGCGCUCUCGUCCUUUCUGAGAAGGCGGCCUGCAAGAUCGUGGAUGCGGAGGCCAUGCAGGUCUAA